AUGUCAAUUUCAGCUGAGGAUUUCAAAUCAAUCCUUCAACAACAACAAGCGAAAUUUGAACGAUCUCAAUUGCGACUUAUUCAGCCUCUCACUCAAGUCAUCAAUCUCCAAACUUCAGUUUCAUCUCAAAGUGGUAGCUCACUAUCCUUUGCGGAUUCCAUUGCUGCAACUAUAACUGAAUUUCACUAUGAGCCAGCAUCUGGUCUCACCUUUGAUUCAGGCUAUUGGAGCAUAAGUACUGGAUUUCAAAACCGCCUACGAUCAUGCAAAAUCCCUGAAACCAACGCAAAAGAAGUCGUGGUCGUUUUUUGCCGAACAACAACUCCCCUGUGCUAUUUUAUCGAACACGCGUUAUGGUCUCCACGUUCUCAAGCAGCAUCGCAUGAACAGAUGACUGCUGCAAGUAUGGAGCCUUCAUGGUUCCUCUGUGGGUAUGCUCGUCACCCACUUUAUAAAUGCCCCGCUAAAGACGCGACCUACGAAGAAAAUAUUUUCAAAAAGUAUGAAGAUCUACCUCUGUUCUGA